AUGAAGGCCUCACUCAUCCUCGCUCUUCCCGCCCUUGCCGUUGCGGCUGCUACCCCUCAGGUUCAGGAGCGACAGAUCCCAACUCUUUUCGACCCCGAGUGUCUUCUUCAGAUUCCUGGCAUCACAGUUCGCAGCUGUAUCCCCAACCUCAGCCUCGACAGCCUUGUUGGAAUUACGGACAUCGCUACUUGCCCUGUUAGACUUCUUGGCCAGAUUUUUGCCUGCCUCGACCUCGACCUUGCUAAAUAA